AUGACAGACCAACAAAUACUCUUCAACCCGUCAAUCACUACCACCGGCCACUUAAAAGAAGGCUUCCGCAUAUUCUCUAACCACCUAUCAUCCUCCUUAACCGUCUCUCACCGCUCUGGUAGACCCGUUCUGGAAGAGAGCACAACAGUGUACACCGACAGCUCGUGCAUCAACAACAGAGACCAAAACACGCAAGCAGGUGCCGGUAUCUGGUUCACACACAAUGAUCCCCGUAACACAAGCCUGCGCCUCCCCUCACCCCACAACACCAACCAGGCCGGUGAGGUGGCUGCCAUCCUCCAGGCAUCACAAAUUGUCCCCCCUUUCACUCCCCUCCAUAUCCUCAGCAACUCGAAGUACACAAUCAAUGGCCUCACCAUUCACCUUCCCCACUAG